CGUCACCCGGCUGUCCGGCCCCGAGUUUCCUCCGGGGCACGGCGGGGUUGGGAUGGCGGAGCCUCGGCUGCCCGCCCCGUCGGGCGUCGGGAGCUCUUCGUGGCCGGGCUCGCCCCGUUCCUGGCGGCUGGGUCCUGGAGGUACCGGCGGAGGCGGCGGCCACCGAUCGGCCGUGACCCGGGGCGGGAGGAAGGGUUUCUCGGGGUCGCGGCGCGGGCCCGGCGGCGGAGAUGCGGCGGGUGGGGAGGGAUCCGCCCGCCCCUCCAUCUUGUGCCGCGCUCCUCGCCGGUCGCUUCCUGUCCCGCCGCAGCAUCCCGCGCCUGGAGGGGCCGGGCCGGGCGGGGGGCGGCCAACUGACCGGCGGCGAGCGAGGCAGCUCCGCCCGGAUGCCGCUUGUCCUCCUCUGUAAAAUGUCUGAAUAACGAGGCGCCGUUUUGCUCUGCUCUGCUUUGCCGGCGUCUUCUGUGUUGGGAGCGCGUUGAGUGAAUCUUUGGAGAGCCCGAUGAGGAAUUAAUUAAACCUAUGGCUACCUCUCAUGUGCUUUGUGCGGAAGAGAAGUUCGGGGUUUUCACAACUUGUAAUUAGUCAGUUUAGGUUGCUAGGGGAGGUUUGCCCCAGCUUGACUCCAAGUAUUUCUUGGCUGGAGAGAUCUUGAUACUUCAGAAAGUCUGUUCAAGUCCGUACUUGACUCUGUUACAGCAGGAGUUCAGUGACUAAUAAGGAGCUUUUUUUUUUUUUUUUUUUUUUUUUUUCUCUCCUUUAUUUAAUUUAUCCUGUCCGCAGAAAGAAUUGGUCCCUACCCUUGGUUGAUAAAACAGGAAGGAUCAGACUGGAAGGCUCUGGAUGUUUCCUCACUCAGAAUGUUCUGAAACGGCCUAGGGACUUGUGUGCUUAAACUGAAAGACCGUAUCUCUUACAUCGAGAGAAGGGGGGAGGGGGGGGAACCAAACAAAAUAACCACACCCCUCUAUAAGGGGAAGUUGAAACAGAAUCCACCCUGAUUUUUUUUUUUUUAAAGUAGCUUAAUGUUAUCAUUUUAAAAUAGAUAUUAAUUACAUAUUUAACUGACUUCUGCUUUUCUUGCUGUAUUAAAUGCCUGCAUGCCAGAUCCCUGAGACGAGCUGGAUUACUGUGUUUUAGCAUUUUCCUGUUUGUUUGUUUGCUUAUUUUUGCUUUUAAUUUUAAACGUUGGAGUCUUAAAGGAUAUCAAAUUCAACCCUUAAAGAUUGAGAAGACUGCACUUCCUAAAGGUUUUGGAAGGCCUUUCUUCAAACAAUAGUAAUGAUUAGUGAAGAGUUACUUCCUAAAAAAGGCAAAAAAUUUAGUACGAUCAACAGAACUAGCUCAGGUUAAGGGACUUCUGUGUAAAGUGCAAUUCAGGCUUUUUAGCCUGAUGAGGGUUUGCAGUUGUGGAGUGACUUCUUCUAUCAUGAAUCAGACCACAAAUCCCGAAUAUGUCAUGGAAAGGCUUAUGAGGCAGGGUUCCUUGCUGAUAGGAUGAAUCCAAGUGUUUUGACACUGCAUUACAAGGUGCUUACAGCCUCCUUUCAAUCUGGAGACACACCCCAGGCUGGAUUCACGUUCGCUAUCUGCUGCUUUCUAGUUCUGACAGAACAGUCAGAGCUGGAAUAGAUAAAGAAGUUUAGAUACUUUGUUAUACGUUGCAGAAAGUGGUUCACAUGUUUGUGCUUGUUGAGAGAGAAAGCUGCAGGCCUCCUGCUAGAGCAGUCGCUUCGGUUUCCUGCCCCAUCUGCUGCAAUUGCAGACCCAACUGAAAUAAUACUUUAAACAUCAUUUCUUGUGCUGUGGUUUACAGGAACAGGAAACACUGGCAUAACUGUGUAAUCAGUUCUUCAUGUGAAAGAAACAUGACCACUAACAUGCUAGCUUAAGAUUUGUUAAUAACUACUUAAUUAACAAAACAAUAAAACAAAGUAACUUUCCUUAAUUGAGGUCAAAUGUGGGUGAAACUCGAGCAGCUAGAUGUAGCUAUAUGUAGGCUUCAUCACAAAAAUAAAUCCAUUGUGAAGAAGACAGAUGGAGGAAAUGUUCCAGGGAACAGUUCUGGCUGGGCAGGAAAAACAUUUGUGUCUAAAGUGUUUGGUAGCUCUUAUCAUUCAUCUCACCAAGCAUACAGAACAUGCUGUGGCUGCUUUGUGGCUUGAGCAGCAAAACCUGCUGAGUUCUGAGGCCCUGCUUUCUGGUAAGUCAGGCUAAAUGUUAACAUAUCUAGCUAGAAAUUGCUUGUUACACGAGAUUCGUUCACAGGGGCACUAUGCUUUAGUACACUAUUAAUAGGAGUCCAAGAUUAAAUCAGGUAACCUUCGAACUAGUGGCACAUGAUUUGCCGCUGUGUAGUGUAAUGUCUGCAGUCAAGAUGGGGUUUGAUUGUUGUAGACUGUGUAGAAAAUGCAUCACAGAUCUGCUUACUAAUCCUGCCACACACUUCCCAGGAAGGCUUCAUUGUUUUAUCUUGAGUGCUCUUAUAGUUAAGCAGCCAGCUCCAUUUAUAUAUACUUUUUUCUGAAAGAUGUGCAGGAUGUAAACAGCUGAAGCACUUGUAAAAGAGGACGUACAAUUCCCCCUACGCUUUGUAUUGCAAAGGGGUGGAAGUGGUUGGUUGGUAAAAUGCCUCUUGCAAACUAUUGUCAGUUUCAAACUCUGCUGGUUGUGAGAAGUCAGUUGGCUGUGAUUGGCUCUGAUCUCAUGUUCACUGUCUUGUACUCUGGUCUUGAGCCAUUUCAGGGUUGAUAGAGCUGAAUGUCACACUAGGUUCCAAAUCUUGAUAAAAAUGAAUGAGUUGUCACAUUGACAGCUGGUCCAAGCCCGAUAGUUAAUUGCUUUAACUUUAAUACUGCAAGAAACAUUUAGCUGCGAAGAAAUAAUGGAAGGGAAGAACUCUUUUGUGCCAGUCACAUGUAUUUCAAUGUAUUUUUAGCUAUUUUGUCCAUGAAUGUACUGGCUUAGUGGCUAUGUGAAUGACUUUGUCACUGAGAACUUGAGAGUGUGAGCAUCUACCUUGUGUGAAGUGUGUAUUCAACUCUUGUGACUGUCCUAUCACUGGGAACUGAGCGGUUCUCUUUUAGGUAACAUAGAUAAAUUGAUACAAUCAGAGCUAACAGAUUCAAAGUGGGGAUUGUAGAGUUUGGACUCCCCUUUCUGUAUUUGCAGAACUGUUUCUUUGUACAUACAGAACAUAAGUCUUCUAUGUUUCAAACUGUUAUUGCAGAGAAAAUCAGCUUGGACAAGCAUGAAGUCCUCAGAACAAAAGAGCAGUGAGAUUUGCAGGUCUCAAGUUUACUAUGAUAGUUCAGAUUUAAAAGCAAAUCUUAUUUGCUGCUGCCUUUUCCCUUAAUAUUUUCUAAAAUUCAGCAUAACAGUUGCCAAAAGAUGCACGAAGGACCCUGCCUGUAGCUGAUAUUGAUGGGCUUCAGUUGGACUACAGAUGCCUUUAGGAUUGGAGUAGGUCUGGUUAGGAGAAAGGUUGUUGUGGGACUGCGUAGCAAGUGUCAGGAGAUCCUGCUGGGUCGUUUCUUGAGGUGCGGUAGCUUGCUACUGAACUCUGCAACCAAGUGGCAGCUGUAAGCAGAGUGCUACAUUUGUAGCAUUGGAUUAUUAUUUUUUUUUCUUGUGGACUUUUCUAGGGGUCUUAAAAGCUGGAGGCAGAGGGUAGACAAUGGUAGGAACAAUAACUGGAAAUGGAUGGGCACUUACUUUUGGUGCCCUGGGUUGGAAUCCUACUGUGCUGUAACAGAACACUGAAAGCAUUCCAGAUGCCUUCUGCCUACCAAGGGUUGAUCCUGUGAUGUCGUAUCUCCCUAUUUCCAUCCUUCAGUAUAACUCAAAAAAGUUUGGCACUGCUGAUCAAAGUUGGGCUUUGGUCUGAUAUUGGUGCUAACUAGUUGGGCAAACCAAUCCAUUGUAUCUUUCUUCUAGCACCCACGUGCAUUGAAUUGAACUGAAAAGAUCAGUGUGCGUGUUACCACCAUGGAUGCUGAGCUGGAAUUUGCCAUCCAGCCCAACACUACAGGGAAACAACUCUUUGAUCAGGUUGUCAAGACAAUUGGUCUAAGAGAAGUCUGGUUCUUUGGACUCCAGUAUCAAGAUACAAAGGGAUUCUCAACGUGGCUCAAAUUAAAUAAAAAGGUAACAGCACAGGAUGUACGCAAGGAAAGCCCUCUUCUUUUCAAAUUCCGAGCCAAGUUCUACCCAGAAGAUGUGGCAGAAGAGCUGAUCCAGGACAUCACACAGCGCCUAUUCUUCCUCCAAGUGAAGGAGGCAAUUCUGAAUGAUGACAUUUACUGUCCUCCAGAAACAGCUGUCCUGCUGGCUUCCUAUGCUGUCCAGUCCAAGUAUGGAGACUUCAAUAAAGAAGUGCACAAGUCUGGUUACCUUGCUAGUGACAAACUGCUUCCACAAAGAGUUCUGGAGCAACACAAGCUUAACAAGGACCAGUGGGAGGAGAGGAUCCAGGUGUGGCAUGAAGAACAUCGAGGAAUGAUUAGAGAAGAUGCUGUCUUGGAGUACCUAAAAAUUGCACAGGAUUUGGAAAUGUAUGGUGUGAACUACUUCAGCAUUAAAAACAAAAAGGGCUCUGAACUCUGGCUAGGCGUAGAUGCUCUUGGACUCAACAUUUAUGAGCAGAAUGACAGGCUAACACCAAAAAUUGGAUUCCCUUGGAGUGAGAUCAGAAAUAUUUCUUUCAAUGACAAGAAGUUUGUAAUCAAGCCUAUUGACAAGAAAGCACCAGACUUCGUAUUCUACGCCCCUCGGUUACGGAUUAACAAACGAAUCUUGGCACUUUGUAUGGGAAACCAUGAGCUCUACAUGCGCAGACGUAAACCAGAUACCAUUGAGGUGCAGCAGAUGAAAGCACAGGCUCGGGAAGAGAAGCAUCAGAAACAGAUGGAGAGAGCCCUGCUGGAGAACGAGAAGAAGAAGAGGGAAUUGGCAGAAAAAGAGAAGGAGAAGAUUGAACGUGAGAAGGAGGAGCUGAUGGAAAAACUCAAGCAAAUUGAGGAGCAAACCAAGAAAGCCCAGCAAGAACUGGAAGAACAGACCCGCAGAGCCAUGGAGCUGGAACAGGAAAGAAAGCGAGCUCAGGAGGAAGCAGAAAAACUGGCUAAAGAACGUAGAGAAGCAGAAGAGGCAAAGGAAGCCCUGCUGAAAGCAUCCCAUGAUCAACAAAAGACCCAGGAACAACUGGCUGCUGAAAUGGCAGAACUCACAGCUAGGAUCACGCAGCUGGAAUUGGCCAGGCAGAAGAAAGAGAGUGAGGCUCAGGAGUGGCAGCAGAAGGCACAAAUGGUGCAGGAGGACCUAGAAAAGACCAAAGAGGAGCUGAAGACUGCCAUGAGCACUCCUCAUGUCACUGAGCCAAUGCACUCUGAGAAUGAGCAUGAUGAUGAGCAGGAUGAAAAUGCAGCGGAAGCCAGUGCUGAGCUUCGAUCAGAGGCCACCAUCAAGGACCGCAGCGAGGAGCAGCGUACCACUGAAGCAGAGAAAAACGAACGAGUGCAGAAACACUUGAAGGCUCUUUCCUCAGAGUUGGCAAACGCUCGGGAUGAAACCAAGAAGACGGCCAAUGAUAUGAUCCACGCUGAGAACAUGAGGCUGGGCCGAGACAAGUACAAGACCCUCCGUCAGAUUCGGCAGGGCAACACCAAGCAGCGCAUUGAUGAGUUUGAGUCCAUGUAAACUCUCCCCUGUACUUGCCGCUCUGCAGUCCCUUCUCCCUUCUUUCUCAUACUCUCCCAUCACUCACUCAUAAUCGUGCUGUGCUGGAACCACUACAGAAGAGCGACCAUGGUCUUAUUUAUAGAGUUUUUGGUAAAUGCUGGAGUUCGGCAGCAGAAGACAUUUGCAUAUUUCUGGGGUAGCUUGGGAAAGCUAACUUGUAUUAGGGCAAAUCUGAAAUUCUGUGACUUUGGGUAAAGUCGUACUGCAUUUAGUUUGUUUUGCUUACUGAAAUGGCUGUGUAGCUGUCCUCUCUUAUUGAGUAGGGAGGCCAGCAGAUACUUUCACUGAACUAUAUAAAGUGCUAACAGUUUGACAUUGUGCCUUCCUACUAACUUGCACAAGCUUCAGUAUUAAGCUUUGAGGCCAGCAUCUAAAUUUCUGAUAUCAUUAAGGGUCUGAAUCAUGUAGUUGAGAUAGAAAACCUGGAGUUUGGGAAGAAGGGUUGGAGGUAGAAUGUGGACUUACUUUCAAAAAGACCAAAGCUUUUGACCUUUAAAUGUAAGCAGACCAAACAGAAUCUAUGGCAUUCCUGCUGGUGUUACCUUUUAUUGUUUAAAGAUGAAACAUGAAAUUUCCUAAUCACAAGGAGGCCUUUGAAAUAUUUUCACUGAUGUGGGGUGUACUGGAGCCUUGACUUCCAGGCUUUCCAGAAUACGUUUUCCUCUGGAUAAAUGGCUUAAAUGGCUUUGUUUGCUGUUAUUUUGUCUGACUUGAAUGUAACUAGUGAGGCAGAGAUAGCUAAAGAACACUGCCUUUCAUCUUGAGGUCACCACUGAAAAUGGAAAGGGCUAAGCAGAAAUGUAAACAACUGAAAACUCCCAUGACUGUAUUUCUUUUGCUGAACCAGUACAUUUCUAGUCAGGUGGGGUGACUUCAGUUUUUUCCAUGAGGCCUUUUUAGCAUGUAGUCACUGGUGCCUUAUGACUGUAUAGAUCUACUUUAGCUCAGAUGUCUUUGUUUAAAAUAGAUACAUUCAUAAAAAGUAAAGAACAGCCAAGGACCAAAACUAUUUUGUAUCUGGGUCAUGUAGAAACAAAACUGCAGCUUUCAGCAGCAUUUGUAGGGAGAGGGUCGUGAGAUUUGUCCAAUUGUUGCCUUAAUCUUCACUAGCAUUUUGCCGGUUCCUGGCUCGAGUGUGUGUGUGUGUGUGUGUGUUUUUCUCCAGAAGGAUGCUUUGCCUCUUUGUAGUUUCUAGUUCAGAGGGCUCUGUCUCUUAGAAGCAGGGCAGUGGUGGCUGUGGGAAGACUCGUCCUGUGUUAAUUGUUGUAAUCACCUUCUAUCUGUUCCUCUCGUGCUGAGGCUACCCAGAGUCGUCCUUGUCACUUCUGGGGAGGGAACCAGCCAUGUAUGCUCAGGGUUGAAUUGGAUUUAGCCUUGAUCCUUCGUAGAAGGAAAUGUAGACCCUUAGAAGAGGCCUCUUAAUGAUGGAUUCCCUCAAAAUUGUGUCUUCAUUUGCUUUGCCCUCCUUGGUACAGCUUGUUCCUAUAGAAAGUCAUGGGGCUACCCUAUGAUUUAUUUUCUUGCCUAAUGUGAUUCUAAAUCUUUCUUAGUUUUGUGGAUGCCCUCUUUAUCUGUAUGAUAUCGCUGCUCGUGAUGAUUCACAUCUGAAUGCUGAAGUAUUUUCAGCUCCUAUUAUUAUAAGCAAAGGAGGAGUGUGCCAAAAAAGAAAUGUCUACAUCAGUGUUAAUAAACUGCAGUAUUUCCUCAGCAACUCUUUGGACUGCUAGAAACAACCUCACCAGUGUUGUAUUUUUUUGGAAGCAAUACAUGUCUGUGAGUAAAUCCACGGAAACACCAAUCAACCAAACCAUGGUUAGAAGUUUAGUGUGCUACUUCUGAACAUCCUGAUUAGUCAUGUAGGAGCCCCCUUUACCCUCCUGGACAGAACAUGAGAACACAGGAAGCUUUUGGCUGACCAAAAACACAUACUCCAGUGCUUUGAAAAUCACAAAUGAAAGAUUGUAGUUAAACUUGUCAGAACUGAUUUGCAUAUUUCUGUACUGAAGGGUUAUUGGCACUGACUCUAUGUGAGUCUCAUUACUGGUGGAGCAGACAACCAUUACACUUCUCUUCUGGUGCUUUAAAGCUGGUUCUCAGCACUUCUGCUCUGUCCAUGGCAACUAUUGGUGCAUUUGCAGGGAAAUAAAACCCUUAUUACAUUAAAACAGUUUCCUAGCAAUCUGAUAUAUAGUGCCUGAAAUGUGUGUUCAGAUAAUAAAACAGUGAACCUUUCUGCUCUGAUGUCACACAACAUUGCUGAACUCGUGUUACAAUGCUGGCAUAUCUUGUUUAUAGGGUUUGGUUUUGUUUUUCUUAAAUCAUUCUAGCUUCACUUGGUCCAAUAUAGGAAUAGAACGGUCUGUACCAGUGACCUGACCUCACUCUUUGUAGUUGUUUCAGCUAUGCCUUCUUCUUAAGCAGUAUUAUAUUCCAGUGGUAUCUAAUGAUAUUUGAUUUCAAUACUUCUAGCUAUGCACAAUUAGAAAAUAUUAGUCGUGGGAUGGAGGAUGUGUUUAUGGUCCCCUUCCCUUGGAAAUGUAUACUGUAUUAUAAAGAAAUGAUAUUUUGCAAGAGAACUAAUGUAAGAAGCUUUCAGUAUUACAGUGAAAUUUGUAGGCAUGUUUUUUAAUUUUUAUUUUUCAGAUUUGUUUUUCUUCCUUUCCAUGUCCCAAUUCAAAUGGAUAACUACUCCUCAUGGGGGUGGAGGGAGGGAAGAAGAAAUACCUUAUCAAAUGUUUGCCUGGCUUGAUUUAUCUCUCUCUCUUUUUUUUUUUUUGUUGUUGUUGUCGCUGUAAAUUAUUAUUAUUUUGACCAGCCUUUUUACUGGAUUAUAAUAAAACACAUUUUCUUAGGGUUAUGGAGUAAUUCAUGGAUCCAUGUGUACCUGCAAAGAGACCUUUGAUAUUAAGGCAUUUUUUUUCCUGUUUGUAGGAGUUGUUAAAAUCCAUACCCUGUUCUUCCUACAGUGCCAAUAAAGUUUAGAGAAAUUCAGCA